CUAGCUAGCCACACCAACCCAUAUCGAUCUGAUCAAUUUCAAUUCCAACUUCAACUUCAACCUGCAUUCUCCUUUUUCUUCUUCUUAAAAAAUGGCCGGUGAAUAUCAACCUAUCCUUUCAAGUCUUAUUCAAGAAUCUGAUAAUAAACUUUGUGCAGAUUGUUCAGCUCCAGCUCCACAAUGGGCUUCUGUUAGUUAUGGAAUCUUUAUUUGUUUGAAUUGUUCUGGAUCUCAUCGUAGUUUAGGUGUCCAUUUAUCAUUUGUUAGAAGUGUUACACUUGAUAAAUGGUCUCAAAGUCAAGUAGAUAAAAUGAAAUUAGGUGGGAAUGCUAAAUGGAAGAAAUGGUGUUUAGAAGCAGGUCAAGCAGAAAAUUAUUCAAACCAAAUGAGCAUUCCAGUACUUUAUAAUACACAUUUUGCAGCUCAAUAUCGUGAUAAAUUAACAGCAGAAUUAGAAGGUCGAACUUGGUCACCUUCAGACACACCACCUACGAUCAUCGAACCUAAUCCUUCAUCUUCUACUCCUUCUGGUACUUUACGUAAACCUCGUACUGGACUGGGUUCAUUGAGUUCUCGGUCGGCUUCUCCUUCUACUCCUUCAGGUUCAAAUCCUUCACCUGGAUCCAAUAACAAGAAACUCGAAAACGAAUCAUAUUUCGCUAGUUUGGGUUCAGCUAAUGCUAAUCGAAGUGAUACUUUACCUCCUUCUCAAGGUGGAAAAUAUGUUGGAUUCGGUUCGAAUUCGAAUAGUCCCAAUCCAUCCGAUUCGAUUGAUCAAAGUUGGAAUGACACAUCAGCUACAGCUGUACUUAGUAAAGGAUGGGGAUUUUUGAGUUCAACUUUAUCACAAAUUAAUGAUAAUGUAGUCAAACCUGCACAAGAAAAAGUAGUCGAUCCUGAAUUACAAUCACAAGUUUGGUCGAUUGCAUCUAAAUUUCAAAAAACGGUGAUAGAUGUCACUAAAGUGGGAUCUGGAAUUGCAGCUGAAGGUUUAAAAGUGGCAGCUGAACAAGCUAAAGCUCAUGGAUAUGAUAUAGGUAGCUUAGGUAGUGAUCAACUUGAAACGUUUAGUAAGACCGGUGAUCAAUUAGGUGAAUAUCAUACGGUGGAUUCAUUUGAUCAAGAUCACAAAGGACAUCAUGAAGAUGAAGAUGAAGAACAUGAUCAUGAUGAUCAAGAGUUUCGAGAUGUGGGUGAUUCUUAUACUGCUGUUCCGACUGGUAAUCAAAUCUCAGGUGAAGAUUCAAAUGAUUGGAAGACAAUGGCUCCUUUAACUGCUGCUCGUCAAAACUCGAAUCUGUCUGUUAAAAGUCAAACUUCAAAUCCGACUUCUAACAAGAAGUCUAAUUUAACAAAUUCGAAAUCGGGUAAAGCUAAAGCGGAUGAUGGUUGGGAUGAAUGGUAGUGAAGUUGUAUGUUUGAAACUCAUUUGGUUUACUUUGGUUCCUUUUUGUUUUGAUUUCAAUUUUCUACUUUUGUUUUUGAAUUUCUUUUUUUAAAGCAUAUCUAGAUUACAAAAAAGUGAUUUUUACAAGAGUUUGUAAUGUUUUAUAUGGUGGUUGUGAAUAGAGAAUUUGAAUUCAAUAGAUUAUGCUUUUCUUUCGCCUUUUGAUGCUCUUGCUCUUGCAUCUGAUUUUUUCUUUGCUUGUGUUUCUCUGUUUUUUUGAAAAUAAUAGAAUCCAAGAAUGGUAUAUGGUC